ACCCUUUUGCUUAUGAACUUCAUUGAAGGUCAUUAGGAUGAACAUGUUUCAAAACCUCAUGGAGAGACUAAGGCAGCUGGUGGGUCCUAAAGGAUGGGACUAUUGCGUUCUCUGGAAACUGAGUGAUGAUCAGAGGUUUAUUGAAUGGGUGGAUUGUUGUUGUGGUGGAGCUGAGAGCAUUGAAUGUGGCGGAGAGCUUCAAUUUCAUGUUACUUCAGUCCUUCCAUGCAGGGAUGUGAUGUUUCAGCAUCCUAAAACCAGAUCCUGUGAAUUGCUUGCCCAUCUUCCUUCUUGCAUGUCCCUUGAUUCUGGAAGUCAUGCACAAGCCUUGAUUUCAAAUCAACCCAAAUGGUUAAACUUCUCUAAUAAUUCAGAUUCAAAUGUUCUGGAGGAUAUACUUGGAACUAGGAUUUUGAUUCCAGUUGCAGAAGGACUGGUUGAGCUUUUUGUUGCCAAACAAGUAUGCGAAGACAAAAAUAUCAUGGAUUAUAUUGUGACCCUCUGCAACAUCUCAUUGGAGCAAAUCUCAAUGAUGAAUUCAAGUUCCAUGGAUACACAUUUGAAUGUACUUGGAUCCCAAGCAUUGAAUGAGUUUCAUUUAAAUCCUCUUUCAAGCAAUGAGAAUGAUGAAAUGGAUUCCAUCAAUCAUUUCCAACCGCCAUUGGCGACGACACUCGAAACUUUGAACCUACCAUAUGACAUCUCCAUUGAUCAGAUUCGAUCGACAGACACCCUGCAGCAGUAUCAUUAUCAUUCAGAAGAUAAAACCAACCAUAUGGAUGCAUGCGUCGAGGGGUCUCAUGAUGUAUUCAUUUCAGACAAGGUUGUUAACCCACACAAGGAUAUUGGACUUCAAGAGAUGGAUCCGUUGAAUUCAAUGAUGACCAAUGAAUCAAUCGUCAUCCAAGGGAAUGAAAAGGACUCCAUAAAACAAGAGAAUGGACGGUCGGAUUCGAUUUCGGAUUGCAGCGAUCAGAAUGAUGAUGAAGAUGAUGCAAGGUACCAAAGGAGAGCAGGGUCCAAAGGGCAGUCCAAAAACCUUGUCGCUGAGAGAAAAAGAAGGAAGAAGCUUAAUGAAAGACUCUAUGCUCUUCGAUCUUUGGUUCCCAAAAUCUCCAAGCUGGAUAGAGCUGCAAUCCUUGGAGAUGCGAUUGAGUUUGUGAAGGAAUUGCAAAACCAAGUGAAAGAACUCCAAGAUGAACUUGAAGAACAUUCGGAUAACGAUAAUGGUGCUAAGAAACCAGGCACGAAUGGAGUCCAUAAAAAGUUCCAGUCUGAGAUUUUCUUACAAAAUGAUCAAAUCCCUGUAUAUUCUAACCCUGAACAUGAUAAAGGACCACAUAGCUUUCCUGUCGGAGCCCAAAACCAAGAUGUGGACCUAUGUACACACAAGACACAGCAAAUGGAGGUACAAGUUGAAGUUGCUCAAAUCGAUGGAAACCAGUUUUUUGUUAAAGUUUUUAGUGAGCACAAACCAGGCGGAUUUGUGAGAUUAAUGGAGGCUUUGGAUUCAUUGGGGUUGGAAGUAACAAACGCAAAUGUAAACAGCUUCAGAGGCCUUGUUUCAAAUGUUUUCAAAGUAGAGAAAAAAGACAGUGAGCUGCUUCAGGCUGAUCAUGUGAGGGACUUGUUGCUUGAGCUAACCCGAAACCCUGCCAAGGGGUUGUCCGAGAUGGUGAAUGCAUCGGAGAACAACGGUGGCGUCGAGUAUAUGCACCACAAUCAGCAGCAGCACAACCAGCUCCAUCACUUCCCAAAGCAAUUGGCAUGA